AUGUCAAGGUCGGACAAGCACGGGGAGCCGCCGACAGUGACGGCGGUGGUACGAGGACAGGGGGAGCUGAUCGGGCUGCUGAAGGCGGGCGGAUACGACAUGGACGAGCGGAUGAAGGACGGGAGGACAGGGCUGCAUGUAGCGGGGAUGCUGGGGAGGGCGGGGAGCGUGAGGGAGCUGAUACACGCAGGAGCAGAGGUAGGAGCGAAGGACAGGGCAGAGGAGACGAUGGUGCACUGGGCGGCGGAGUAUGGGCAUGUGGAGGUGCUGAAGACGGUAGAGGAAGAAUGCGGGAAAGAGACUCUGAGGACCUUGAUGAUGGAGAAGGACAAUGCCGGCAGGACAUGCGCGCACUUGGCGAGUUAUAGAGGGCACUUGGAGGUAGUGCGGUAUGCUGUAGAGACAUGCGGGGAGGAGGUGCUGAGGGAGAAGGACAAGGAAGGCUACACAUGCGCGCACAUGGCGAGCCAUGGAGGGCACUUGGAGGUAGUGCGGUAUGCUGCAGAGACAUGCGGGGAGGAGAUGCUGAGGGAGAAGGCCAAUGACGGCAGGACAUGCGCGCACUGGGCGAGUGAGGGAGGGCACAUGGAGGUGCUGCGGUAUGCUGCAGAGACAUGCGGGGAGGAGGUGCUGAGGGAGAAGGCCAUGCAUUGCAUGACAUGCGCGCACUUUGCGAGUCAUGGAGGGCACUUAGAGGUAGUGCGGUAUGCUGCAGAGACAUGCGGGGAGGAGGUGCUGAGGGAGAAGGACGAAGACGGCAGGACAUGCGCGCACUUUGCAAGUGCUGGAGGGCACUUGGAGGUGCUGCGGUAUGUUGGGGAGACAUGCGGGGAGGAGGUGCUGAGGGAGAAGGACAAGGAAGGCUACACAUGCGCGUAUGUGGCGAGUUAUAGAGGGCACUUGGAGGUAGUGCGGUAUGCUGUAGAGGCAUGCGGGGAGGAGGUGCUGAGGGAGAAGGACCAGUACGGCAUCACAUGCGCGCACUUGGCGAGUCAGGGAGGGCACUUGGAGGUGCUGCGGUAUGUUGCAGAGACAUGCGGGGAGGAGCUGCUGAGGCAGAAGACCAUAGACGGCCAGACAUGCGCGCUCUUGGCGAGUGCAGGUGGGCACUUGGAGGUAGUGCGGUAUGCUGUAGAGACAUGCGGGGAGGAGGAGCUGCUGAGGGAGAAGGACGAGUAUGGCAGGACAUGCGCGCACUAUGCGAGUGAGGGAGGGCACCUGGAGGUGCUGCGGUACCUUGCAGAGACAUGCGGGGAGGAGGUCUGA